AUGCUGGUCAGCAAGAGGCUGAAGCGCUUCUUGCAGCUGGUGCCUGGGAAGAAACGCUUUGGCGUGUACAGGUUCCUGCCCUUCUUCUUCGUGCUCGGUGGAGCUAUGGAGUGGUUCAUGAUCAACGUGCGCGUCGGCAAGGAGACCUUCUAUGAUGUUUACCGCAGGAAACAAUCAGAAAGGCAGUACGAGGCACGGAUGAAGAAUGAAUUGUAG